GAGGAGUCUCCUCCUGUGUCCUCUCGUUUUUUCUUUAUUUUAUUUGCAGUUUUGCUAAUACUGGAAGUACGCCUUCAGAGAGUUGUCCCACGAUUUAACUUAAGUAUACUCUUACAAGCGCCAAAAGGACAUUACGUGGAACUGAAUUUAACCAUGGAGAGUUUAUAUCUAAUACCUUGCAUUGAUGAUAAGUACCUUGAGGUUCGUGAUGGAUACAACAAGUCUGCCAAUCUUCUUGGUGUAUUUUGUGGAGGGAACAAUUCUGUUGUUAUGCGAUCCAGUGGACAGAACUUGUGGAUCAGAAAAUCAGUUCAUUACAUUGGCAGGUUUCGGAGCUCGUACACCAACAAAACACUCAACUUUACAGGUAUUGUCCUUUGAAAUUACUAACUGAAGCAAUUCUAAAAUGGUUCUAAGUCGUCUCAACACGGAAGGAAUAGAUGGCAAUUACGAGUACUGCAACUCAUUUGGCAAUUUCAUUUAUUUGUUUUGUUCCAGUUGAACCCAACCUAGACAAGGUGGCCGGAACUCAAUUUGUUCUUUUCAACCAAACUUCAUCUCUUUGGUGUCCAGCACAAGGUGCACCAGCACCAUUUAUAGUUUGGAGAAAAAACGGAAGAGUGGUACAGAACAGUACAAGUGUCAAAUAUCAGCUGACCAUUUCUGAAGAAAACACUGACAAGUAUAGCUGUGAAGUGAACGGACAGGAUGAUGUUGACAAGAAAGACAUCCGUUUUGUCACUGAA